AUGGAAGACAAUCCAAGCGUGGAUCUGUCUGGAGCUGGGCCAGCCCAAGGUGAAGCGGAGAGCGCAGCAGAGUCUCCUGUGCACCAAGAGCCCACCCGAGAAACCCAAGAGCACCAAGUGACAAGCAGGCAGCCCGAGACCUCCUGCAAACCAGAGGAAGACUCUUUGGUGUGUAAAUUACCAGCUGCUGAUGGAGGAGACACGACACGGUCAGACUCAGCUGUCCCCACAGUCGAGGAGAAGGUUCCCCAGGAAACUGAAGCAUCACUGGAAGAAUCUGGGAAGACAAGAGAUGAUGUCUCCACAGGGUCCCAGGAAGAAGACAACCUGGAUGAAGCCAGGCUGGCCCGUGAUAAGACGGACAGCAAAGGAGACAGCCUUGCCCACCCAGAAACACAGGAGGACCGGGAGACGAGCAAGCAACAGGAAGGCUCCCAGAAAGCAGAGGAUGAUGCUCCAUCAGGAACCGAGUCACUGAGCUCUGACAGUAACAUGACACACUUGGACGUAGCUGUGACAGAAGAUGUCACCAAGGGCCUCUUAGCAGAGAGCACCAGUGCCCCUCUCCGAGACUGGGAGCCAGAAGAGCACAUAGAGCAGGAAACACAGGAGGGCGGAUCCCAAGGCACGUUAAGGAACAGACACGGCACCAAAGGGCAUGCAGCCCCAGAGCCAGAGGCUCAGUCCUGCUUGCAGAAUGUCACAGCCCAAAACACAGACCAGGAGAAGGCCCAAAAGUUCCCCUUGCUGAAAGGUGAGGAAAAGAAGCUUCCCUUGCGCGUUACUCAUCGACCAGAAGGCACUGAUCCUCCAGGAACAAGGCUUGUCGUCGUGAGCCUCGUAUUGCUCGGCCUCUGCAUAUUCUGCUUCGGCAAACCGACCUCCCAGUCCCAGCAAGCCCCCAGGAACCCCACGGUGGAGGCCUUUCUAUCCCAGUUCAACCAGCUGCAGGACAGGUUUCCGGAGCAGAGUCCCCAGCUGUGGCUUCGUGGGCGCAAAUUCCUGCAGAAGCACCUCAAUACGUCCCACCACACGCAGCCAGCCAUCAUCAUCUUCGUGGCCGCCCGCAAGGGCGAGCAGACCUUGCGAUGCCUUAGCGCCCGCGUGGCUGACACCUACUCGGCUGCCCUGCACUCCAGCACGGUCCAGAUCGAUGCCAUGGAUAAAUCCAGGCUCCAGAGCGACCAGGCCAAGAUGGAGGUGGACACAGAGCUGAGCUCAGCUUUCCAGGAGGGGGGCCGCGCUGCAGUGGUACACCGCUUUGAGUUGCUGCCGGCGGGGGCCACUCUCAUCUUCUACAAAUACUGUGACCACGAAAGUGCUGCUUUCAAGGACGUGGCUCUGCUGCUGACCGUGCUGCUGGACGAGGAGACGCUGGAGCCCCACAUCAGCCUCCAGCAAGUGGAAGAGAGGGUCCGCGACUUCCUCUGGGCCAAGUUCACCAACACCAGGACCCCCAGCUCCUACGACCACAUGGACUCCGACAAGCUGAGUGGGCUGUGGAGCCGCAUCUCCCACCUGGUCCUACCGAUCCACCCGGUGCAGACCAUCGAGAAGAGGGGCUGCCAUGUCCACACCAAACCCUAG